AUGUUGUCUGCCGCAGGAAGAUUGUCGAUUGGUUAUCUAGGAACUGAGCCAAAUCUAUAUAAGGUUUCCAUGGACAAUCGUUUCAUUGACUUUAAGGUCAAAAUUCAAGAGAUGAGAGAAAUCGAGGCUUCGAUUAAAGAUAGCGGAAAUAUGGGACUGGAAAAGAAGGGUGGUGCCUUGAUCAUGAAUUGCUCGGCUGGGGAGCUUGAGAAGGCAACAAUAGAACACGAAGCGAGACAAGGUGCUCCGAUAUGUCCAUUAACAAUGACCUUCCACGGUAUGGAAGGCGUAGACAGUGUGAAAAUAAACAUCCGAUCAACACUUCAGUCGACCUCAAAACAAAUUGUUAUUGAUAAUCCAGGUACGAUGGAAAGCGUGAAAAUCCCAUUUUUUAUCGGAGAGUUGAUGCCCUCGUCUACCGCAGUGCACUUUGCUGCUCAUUGCUUAGGCACGCAAGUCACAACUAUCAACACAACUAACAUCCCAUUCACCACGAUGUUCACGGAAACUUCAACAGAGAGAAACGCUUACUUCAAGCUCACAUUGGAUUCAGACCAUACUUGCGUGCCUCUCAAUGCAUUAUUUCAAGAGUUCCAAACAGAAAACCCUGCAUCAAUUGGUUUUCGAGUACAUGGCUUUGACGCCACAGUGUCGGUUUUCACAGCCCAUAAAUCAAGUAGGUUUGUUUGGGAACGUGGAAAAUGCGGAUUAAUGCACGAUAUUUAUGUUGAAGCUUCUGUUGAACCAUUCAUAGUUGAAUACCUACCUAUAUCGCUAUUCCGUCGUUCAGUUGAAUUUCUUGGAUAA